UCUCGGAAUAACGACUAGUGAAAGUGAGAAUAUCCUUUUCCUUCAUUAGCUUGUUUAUUCCAACUUCGAAGAGAUUUUAACUCUUUUGAUGCAAUUACUGAACUCCGUUCCAAUUUUUUUACUUCAUUUCAACACUCACUCAUGCUUCGGUUUCUCUCCAAUGGCUCAAAUCUUUUUCAGCAUUUUACAUUCAUCCCUGUUAUCAUAAAAUCUUUGUCAGUUUUGACGCCUGCCACCUAUUCGACAAAUGUCCCAGCCGAAAAUGAGGUUAAAUUACAAAAAACUAGAGAUAAAUGGAAGGAUGCCACUGAAGUUUUAACUAAAUGGGGUUGUGGUGGAGACGAUAUGAAGAGAAUAUUUACCCGUUGCCCCGCAUUGCGCUAUGCCGAUCCUUCUCAGAUUCAAUCAAAACUCUGCUUGCUUAGUGACUUGGGUUUAGGGUCAUCUGAGCUAGUGAAGAUUAUCAAUUGCAGGCCUCGGUUUUUCAGGACGCGGAUUAACCAUAAGUUCGGAGAGAGGCUUGACUCUCUUAUGUCAUUAUUUGAGUCAAAGGAAAUGCUUCACAAGGCCAUUGUAAGAAACCCUUCAUUGUUAUGUGAAAAUAGCUAUGAUAUCGAAGGUAUUGUUGCACAAUAUGAAAAGUUAGGUGUGCCGAAAAGGGACUUUGUGAAAAUGCUGAUUUUGCGGCCGACAAUCAUUUCAAGGACUUCCUUUGACGAUGAGAAACUCGAGUAUAUAAGUAGGUCUAGGGUUUCGAAGGAUGCUAAAUUGUACAAGUAUGUGGUGACACUAAUAGGGAUUUCUCGUGUGGACACGAUUCGUGAAAAGGUCUUGAAUCUAGCAAAGUUUGGUUUUUCGGAUGAUGAGAUACUUGCUCUUUUUGGGAGGUCUCCUAAUAUUUUGACAUUGUCGACCGAUAAGGUUCAGAGGAACAUGACUUUCAUUUUAGGUACAAUGAAGCUUGAAGCUAAGACGAUCUUAAAGUACCCGAAUCUCUUGUUUGCAAAUAUGGAGACUGUUUUGAAGCCAAGAGGGCUUCUAGCAAUGAAGAUACAAGAUAUGGAUUCCAAGUUGAAAAUACCCUCAAUACAUAAGGCAUUGAGGAUGUCAGAGGAGAGGUUUUUAAAAUUGUUUGUUGAAUGUCAUGACAAGGAAAUAGCUGACGAAUUAAUGGAGUUUUAUAAAAGGACAAAAGAGGUUAAAAGAUUAGCAGCUUCAUCAAAGACUUGUACUUCUAGAGGUUUCCCUUUUUGAACUACAUUUCUAUGCUUUGAGAUAAGUUUAGAGCUGAAGUAGAUUUCUGUUUUGUGGUUAUUAUUUUUCUGAUGCUUCGUAUUAGCUUCUCUGUCUGUCUAAAUCUUAAUGGAGAUUUUUCCUGUCAGUUUUUGUAACAGCCUGACAGGUGAGCGGCUAAGUUUUGAAGUGAGGAAAUAAUUUAUAUUCAUAUUGAUGUAAAAUAAAUGCUGAAUAUUCUUACAAAUGACAAUGCACUAAUCCUUAUUUAUGCUUAUAUUAUACUCCUAUUGAUCUAUGUCAUUGAGAUUUGACAAAGUUUUACGUUGACAGUCGAUUGUCUUACACAACCCUCUCCUUUUAUUCCGGCUAUACAUAACAAUGCUAACAUAGACAAGAUUCCAACGAGGUUGGCCUAGAUGAAGCAUGUGACGCACCCAAAGUCUUUAGUGAGAGGUUCUUGGUUUGAUAUUAUGUGAAAAAUAAAUCUCUCUCAGAGAAGUCAUACUCUUGUUGCUCUGUCUGUCUUGAACAUGUGAAUUUCAUCAAGAAAAGAGAGAACGGUGAAAUGCUAACACAAUAUAUAGUAGAAUAUGAUGAGUUGAUAUAUUUUAGACAUUGUAACAUUCAUAAACAACUUAAAUGUCUAUAUAUGGAAGCAAAAAUGGUUUACACAUUAUGAUCAAACUUAAAGAGCUCUUUCAUAAAGGAUUGUGUU